CUUUUCUUCUGCAGAGUUCGUCUUCACACUCUCACGUUCCCCUCGACGCAUGCAGAGCGUGAGUCUGCUCGGUCUGCGGCGCGCGUCCGCUUUCUUCGGGUGUUCUCGAAAGUGUAAUUGACCUUCUCGCUCUCACGCUCCUUCUUUUCCCCUCCUCUAGCUGCUGUGCACAGUUCACUUCUCUCUUCUUCACCUUUCGUCUCCUUUUCUCUGAGGGCUGUCGAGUCUUUCAUUUGCGGCUCCCGCGGUCUUUGAGAACGUGGAUUUCGAGGAACUCGGAAAGACUUAAGGAAAGGCGCUUCUCUUCCCCUCUUUGUCUCCUGAGAUCCCCUCUGCUUUUUACCGUGUUUCUCUUCUUCACGUGCAUGCGUCCUCGCCUCGCCUCCUGCUCUUUUGGAGACUCGCUGGAGUUUGCUGUUCUUCCGAAAUGCAUGCUCAAAAGGACGACGACGCGACGGAAGAGAAAAGAUGCUGAAAAUGGCGGAGACGCCCUCUGCAAGUCUGAAGAGAGCAGCGAGAGCAAGAGGCUCGACAGCGAGGGAGCAAGUAGCUCGGGUGUCUGAGUCGAUGAACAUACCCGAGAAACAGAACGAACCUCCCGCGGCCAGCACAUGCGGAAAACGCGUUGCCACCAGAGAAGAAGAACUCAAAAGUCAGGCUGCACCUGAGCAGCAGCGCUCCGCCAAGCGCCCUUUUCCUUCUUUUACUCCUGCUUCUUGUUUGCCUUCCCCCAUCUCCUCUACUCUCACUUCUUCUUCCUCUUCUACUCUCGCUUCUUCCUCUUCCUCUUCUCCCUCUUCUACUCUCGCUUCCUCCUCCUCUUCGACUCUCGCUUCCUCCUCCUCUUCGACUCUCGCUUCCUCCUCCUCUUCGACUCUCGCUUCUUCUUCCUCUUCUUCUUCAGGAGCGGAGGGGAGGGCAACCCUCCCGCCGCCUUUUACUCACGAGCGCGCUGGUUCUUUGCUGGUCAUUUCUCUUCGUCAAAAAGGAAAUCCGCUCUUAAAAUUCAUCACUGCCGUCCCCCACACCUUCGCCUACAUUGCUCCGGACUUCCUAGUCGGUCCCUCUGCAUGCGUUCUGUUUCUCUCGCUUCGCUACCACCAGCUGUUCCCGUCGUACCUCUCGAAGCGAAUCGAGGACCUCGCCGACGGACGCUACACACACAAGUUUCUUCUUCUCCACGUCGACCUCGAGGUGCCGGACGCCGCUCUCGCGCAAGUCACUCUGCUGGCUUUUCACCACUGCUUCUCCUUGUUGCUCGGGACCUGCCUGCAAGAGUGCGCCGGCGUUCUCCAGCUUUUGAAGGCUUACGAAAAAAAACCUGCCGACACUCUUCUCGCGAAACUCGAUGCCAAGCACUGCAACCGCGUCUUGGAAACUCUGACGGCAAUUUCUCCCUUGAAUAAAACCGACGUCCUCACGCUCGCUAGCGCCUUCGGAAAUGUGAAGAAUAUUCUUCUCGCGUCGCGACAAGCACUGGAGCGCUGCCCUGGAAUCGGAGAGAAGAAGGCUCGAAGGAUUUUGAAGGUCGUUCGUCAACCUUUCUUCUCCCCUCUCUCCUCCGCUUCUGCUUCAGCUCAUUUCGCUACUUCUGCCUCUUCUUCUCCGCCUUCUUCCUCUGAUUCUUCUCUCUCGUCUGCCCCGGCUCUGCCUCCUCCGCUGUCUUCUCCACUGUGCAUUCGCGACGAUGCCAGCUAGCGUGUCGGCAGGUGUUGUGCUUUUGCUGCAUGCGUUCUCGCAGCUUCUUUGUGGGAUUUGCUUUCUUUUCAAGACAACGACAGAAGCUUCGCUGCUCGUCAACAGCCAAGUGAAAACAAUUCGACGCACCGUUCUCUCUCCACAACAGAAUCCCUGGUCCAAAGGCACCCAAACUGCAUGCAAUUCUAUGCAAAUCCAACUUUCGUCCAGUUUUUUAUUUCAGCUGUUUAUAUAUAUAUAUAUAUAUAUAUAUAUACGCAUACGGGUAUAUCGAUGUAAGAAGACAGAGUUGCAUACAUGUAUGUAAAUAAAUACAUAUCUAUAUGUAUUUUUAUGUUUAUAUGUAAUUGUGUGUGCGUGCGUGUAUGUUCCGAACACAGAAAAGGGUGGGAAUGGUUUUGGAGCAGGUUCGAUUCUCUUUUGAGGAUUGGAGCAGGAACGCAGGUUUUUUACAUGCAGCUACUCAUUUAUACACAUGUGCACUUACAGAUACACCAAUACUUCACAGGCCAACAUGUGCAAAAGUAUCUGC